AUGGACCAGUCAGUAGCCUGGGCCCUUGCCCAUACAUCAGAAUUCUUCGAUCUCCAAGCUCACCAUACCCUCGUUGUUGGCUUCGUUGUUGUAUCAGCUGCUGCAUAUUUCUUGUACGCGGCUGUUGACAGAUUCUACAAACUUCGCCUCCACCCCCUGUCCAAGUUCCCCGGUCCCAAAGAAGCUUGCCUAUCGCAAAAAUGGCUGCUCCGAGUUUCUGAGCAAGGCAAUCCAGAACAUUUAUUCCAAAGGUUGCACGAGAAAUACAAUUCAAGAGCAAUCCGAAUUGGCCCCAACGAGCUACACAUCGAUGAUGUCAAGCUGUACAAAUAUAUAUAUAACCAAAGCUCAACUUACAUCAAACAUGAAGCAUUCUAUGCCGGCUUCAAUACUCCACACACUGUUUUUGCUCAACAUAUUCCCAGCCUCCACAAAGAGCGACGUCGACGUCUGAACCCAUUCUUUUCCCGCCGUGCGAUUGGACAGCUAGAAGGCUUGCUCAAGGAGAAGAUUGAAGAGCUUGGAAGACGUAUUGAUAUUCAAGACGGCCCUUAUAAUAUCUUCAACGCCAUAAGAUGCACCACCGUCGACAUUAUUUCUCACUACAGUGUUGGAAAGUCACUUGGGCAACUUGAGAAGAGCGAUAAAGGGUUCAAUGGGGACUUUCUAGAGGCCUUUGAUGCGCUUUCAAAGGUCCUUUGGAAGUUUAUGUACAAGCCGACGUUUCGAAGAAUUGUCACAAGCAUUCCCACGCGAAUCGCCAAGGCUGCGAGCAACGAGACUCGCCUCAUGUUCACGAUCUAUGAUGCGUGUUAUGCGGCUGCUAUCAACUUCAAACGAAGUCCGCCGCAGUCUCCCUAUGGCACGAUCUUUUCUAACCUCUCCGACCUUGAUGAGAAAGAGAUGGGAGCUGAGGCGGUCGACCUCCUCAUUGCAGGAUCUGACACCACAGCAUAUACAUUAGCAGUAGCUGUUACCCAGAUCGCACAGAGUAGCCGGAUCAAGAAGAGGCUUGUUGAGGCUUUGGAUACUCGUAUUAUCAAUGCGGAGAGCUUGCCGUCCUUGGUGGAGUUGGAACAGAUUGAGUACCUGAAUGCUUCAGUCCGUGAAGCCGUACGAUUCGCCAUUGCCUCGCCGGGAAGGCUUCCACGGACUGUACCUCGCAACGCCCAGCCUCUGGUCGUGGGUGACCAAGUCGUGCCUGCAGGUAGCAUCAUUGGAAUGUCAGCCUACACCAUGAACUUCAGCAAAGAGCUCUGGGGCGAAGAUGCUGAUGCAUUCAACCCUGACCGUUGGCUAGGUAUUGGUGGGAAGAGUCUGGAUGCCAAUAUGUGUUCAUUAUCUAAAGGCAUACGGAGCUGUCUUGGACAGAACUUGGCAUAUGCAGAGAUACACUACAUUCUCGCUUAUCUUUUCAAGAAGUACGAAGUUAGCUUGGUGGACAACGAGGCUAUGAUAGAAGUCUUUGAUCGGUUUACAAGCUAUGUAACUAGCCACGCUGUUAUGGUGGACUUGGGACGGCGCGAGGCACAGUGA